UGGAUACUGAACUAAUACCCCAAAAGAUAACUAAACCCUCCUUCAACUUGCAGCUGUCUCAAAAAGAAGGUGGGGAAACAGGCCCACGAAGGCUGAUGGGAGCUCCUGGUGUUGACAGAGAUGGAACUGGGACUUGGAGACUCUACUGCAUUGCCCCGCUGCCUCCAGCCUAGGUGGCAGCCAGCUUUGUGGCCAACCCUAGCUGUUCUUGCCCUACUGAGCAGCGUUACAGAGGCCUCCCUGGACCCCAUGUCCCUCAGCCCCUCCGCUCGCGAUGGUCCCUCGCCGGUCCUGGCGCCCCCCACCGGCCACCUGCCUGGGGGACGCACUGCGCACUUGUGCAGCGAAAGAGCCCUGCCACCACCGCCACAGUCUCCCCAGCCCGCACCCCCGCCGCCAGGUCCCGCGCUCCAAUCUCCUCCCGCUGCGCUCCGCGGGGUACGCGCCGCGCGUGCAGAGACCCGGAGCAGCCGCGCGCGGGCCACGGAUACGCGCGGCUGCCGCCUGCGCUCGCAGCUGGUGCCAGUGAGCGCGCUCGGCCUGGGCCACAGCUCCGACGAGCUGGUACGUUUCCGCUUCUGCAGCGGCUCGUGCCGCCGAGCACGCUCCCCGCACGACCUCAGCCUGGCCAGCUUACUGGGCGCCGGGGCCCUGCGAUCGCCCCCUGGGUCCCGGCCAAUCAGCCAGCCCUGUUGCCGGCCCACUCGCUAUGAGGCGGUCUCCUUCAUGGACGUGAACAGCACCUGGAGGACCGUGGACCAUCUCUCGGCCACUGCCUGCGGCUGUCUGGGCUGAGGAUGCUCUCCAAGCCUUUGCACACUGAACCCUUGUGUCGCCCUGCCUGGAACAGCCCCACCCGGCCUCGCUAGCCAGGAACCUCAGUCGGAAAAGGAGGCUGUAGAGCUCAGGCCCCAGGCCGGUGAGUGACAUACAUCGAGCCAGAAGAGAUGACCUAACUAACCACUGACCAACAGCUCCAAGGUGCUCUUGGAUCCCAGCUCUACAGACACCAGAAACCUCAGCUAAGGAGAACUCCUCUGGGAGAAUUCAGAAAUGGCCCCAGGUCCUGGGGGAUGAAUUUUGAGAGAUACAUUGUAGUCGCGUUGCUGGAAGAGCCUGUGCUGAAACCAGCCAUGUGUUCACUUGUGGAAGCCGAAGCCCUAUUUAUUGUUUCUAAAUUAUUUAUUUACUUUGCUGGUUUGUCAGAUCUUUUCCUGGACACGGGGGAUGGGUAGAAGAGGCUGGAUGAAGAUGUGCUCCUGUCUCUCCACUUCCAUAGUUCACACUGACUCGGCCAUUACAGUGUUGACCUGGGUCACCCAAUGCUUUUCCCCAUCGGGUGGCUCUGAGAUGGGAGGCACAGCUGGGUGACGAAGAUGCGCAGUCCUCAGCACUUGGGGCCUGGGUUACCUGUGGGAAAAUAAACUAUAUAGCCUUUGUGGAGAAAGGCUGCCUUGUGACCGUUGAGGCUUUGUCCCACUCCAUG